GAGACACGUGAUAUGCCGAGGUGCCACGACGCGCUCCAGGUCAUGUAAUUGACGCGAAUCUACUUUCGCCUUUCACAUUCACUCCAACUCGAUCUCGUGGUAUCCAACGCGCACCGGCGACAUAAUGAACAUGGACAUGGUCGGAUACCUCAACACCGCACAGGACACUGUGCGGAAUCUGCGCGAGACUCGCCUCGGACAGCUGCGGCACCCGGCUGAGUUCUUCGACUACCAGCGCGUCUCGAGGCCCAAGGACAUGGGCGAGUACAUGAAGCGCGCGGGGUACAACAUCUCGCCGCUCCUGCUCAUUGCUCUGGUCUUCCUCAUCGGCGGCUUCAUCGGUAUCAACCGAUUCUUCUCGGAGCCGUUCGAGUUCCAGGGCCGUACGAUCACCCCUCAGAACCUCUACAUCGGCCUCUUCCUCAUUGGCAUUCCUCUUCUGUUGCUCGGGGGCCCGAUCAGCGCAUUUUUCUGGAUUGUAGGUGCAUCCGGCGUCAUCGUUGGCGCGCACGCGGGCCUUCUGGAGCCGGGUGUUGAGUCCGAGUACGAGGGCAUCGAGACUGUGUAAUGUUGUACACUACAUACCCCUACUCCAUGCCAGAUCCUAGAUACUAGAAGUUGGAACCUCAGGGAGGAUAUUUGAAUGGAACGCUGGCUACAUCCGGACCACUCCACAGCGAUGCAGCUAAUCGGUUCCGCUGGUGGCAAUACAUGAUUACUGCAUAAGUACAUAUGCAUUAGACAUAUUGCUAGA